GGAUGAGUGGAGAAAUCAGAAGUCUAAACGAGGGAAGAAAUGAAGCUAAAGUUGGAAAUAGAUGCACCACCAAAUGAACACGAUCUCUUCUACCCCGGUAUGAUCCUUUCUGGUAAACUCUACGCUAAAAGUACUAAAGUUCACAAGGAUUACGAGUCUAUUACUGUUACUUUGAUGAGCCAAGUGCAUGUAGGGGUAGACCUAACUAAGGAAACAACCACUACCAAUAAUCCGCAUGAAUAUAAAACUAUAGUACCAGACAAUGAAUCUGCUUUUAGUGAUGACUCACUCUACGAUACAUCUUCAGAGACUGUAAUGCGCAACAGUAUAACUUUAUGGCAAAGAGCAUUUGUGGGUGAUCACUUUCCUCCUGGUAACUUUGUUUAUCACUUUAAGUUUACUCUUGAUGAAAGUUCACUACCUAGUUAUGGAGACGGAAGAGGAAGAAUAACGCAUAAAAUAAUAGGUGAUAUUUUAAAUGAAAAGAAGGAAGUUAAGAAAUCUGCCAAAAAGCACUUCACAUUUAUGAACAUAGUCGAUGCAAAUGAACCACAUCUCAUGCAACCAGCUAUGAUGGAAGUCAGCAGAGUUUUGAGGAGCAUUCUCUGGUUCAUACCAGGAGGCUCUUUUAAUAUGAAAGUUACUAUACCACGCACUGGAUAUAGUCCUAAUGAUGUUAUACCAGUUGCAGUUUUUAUAGAUAACGGAAGUGGACGAGAAAUAAGACAGGUCGUUGCCACUCUGCUCAGGACCACAAUGUAUAAAACCAAAGGGAACUAUACUCAUCAGUGUCACUGUCAUGUCUCAACUACCAUAAGCAAUCCUGUUCCUGCUCAUACUACAGCCAAUUGGGAGCCUCCACCAUUACCUGUACCUGAUAUGAUCAGCACAGUCACUGGAGGAAAGCUAACAAUAAUUGAAAUAAAAUAUACCAUUCGUGUAACUGCUUUUAUCUCAUGGGCUUAUAAAGAUAUCAUGAUUGAUAUUCCUAUUGUCAUUGGAAACGUUCAACCAGCAUCAAUAGCAACUAAUGAAUAAGAAAGGACAAUAAUCCAAUGCUAUAAAAAAUAAUUUUUUUAUUGGGGCGAGCCCCAACUGUCUUUUUGUCCAUGUAUAGUAUCUAUAUUUUCUCUAAUAUUAUGCAUGAAUCAUUGAAA